GUUGAGCACAUCCUGCUUCCAGCCUCUCCGCACGACCUCGUCCGUUGACGCGCCUAUGCCUGCUCAAACCCUCGGGCAUAAGACGACCGCGCCUCGCCAUGAUAUGUCCGUAGUACUUGUUACGGGCUCGUAUGAUCAUGAAAUCCGCUUUUGGGAAGCUUGGAGCGGUAUCUGUUCUCGCACAAUCACUCGGUCGGGGGAAUCAGGCCAAAUUAAUCGCCUUGCCAUCUCUCCAGACAAACGUCUGUUAGCAGCGGCCAUCCACAAAAAGGUCAAUAUCUAUGAUAUCGCGAGCGCAUCGUCUACACCACUUGUAUCCUUUGACGGCCAGAACGGACAUAAAAACAAUGUAACAUCUGUCUCAUUUCACAGUGAAGGAAAAUGGCUUGUCACAGGCAGCGAAGAUGGUACCAUUAAAAUAUGGGAUUUGCGGAGCGGUCAACUUCAUAGAAACUAUGACAACGGGGCUCCAGUGAACGACGUAGUCGUCCAUCCGAAUCAAGGCGAGCUGAUAUCUUGCGAUCAAGCCGGAAGUAUCAAGCAGUGGGAUUUGUCCGAAAAUAUAUGUACACACGAACUAACCCCGGCGGGGGAAAUCCCGAUCCGCUCAGUCACUCUGGCUUCUGACGGCUCUUGUCUAGUAGCCGGGAACAAUAAGGGGAAGUGCUAUGUUUGGCGAGUCAAUGAAGAGAGUUCUCAAUUUCCACGGUUCCAGCCCGUGACCAAAUUCCAAGCUCAUAACAAGUAUCUCACUCGUUGCCUGUUGAGCCCCGAUACAAAAUAUCUUGCCACUUGUUCGGCGGACACUACCGUGAAGAUCUGGUCGGUGUCACAUAGUUAUGAAUUUAAACUGGAGAAAAUUCUGCAAGGGCACCAGCGCUGGGUGUGGGAUUGCGCUUUCAGUGCGGAUUCAGCGUAUCUUGUCACCGCGUCCUCCGAUCAUACAGCUCGCCUAUGGGAGAUGGCUUCGGGGGAAACUGUUCGUCAGUACAACGGACAUCACAAAGCUGCCGUCUGUUGCGCUUUGCAUGACGGUGCCAGUUGAACUAUUUAUGACACCGGGCGCUAUGCAAUGUCUGAGACUUGCCGAGUUUGCUUUGUAUCAACGUAGCUGGGUUUGUGCCCUGUCUGUAUUUACUCCUCCGUUCAGGGAAGAGGAAGAGGAAAUUCGUUUUCUCUUACAAUAUACUAAACUCACCUAUUGCAGGAUAGCCGGAA